AGCAUCGAAAGAAAUCAGUAACGAUAAGCCUUUCCCUGCCGAACGAUUCGCGAUCUCGCGUUUGGAGGAGCCCGUGACGUCCAGGCGGUCGGCAUACACGCGAUACAUAGAAUUAUCGAACGCCAACGACUAGAAGUUUGGAGAGCCACUUUACUCGAUACUAAUGAAACACGUCCUUCCCACAGCGGCAAGCCCCAGGACCAGCUCGGCCAGUCGCCGAUGGACAAGGAAGUGGAAAGGAACCCGGCAUCUGCCGAAGAAAUCCACGAAGAGGAUCCGGCAGCUGAGAGGAUGGACAACUGCAGCGACGGUCAACGGCUGCCCCCUGACGGGGACGAGUUCCCGACGACCUACCAAGAGUUCAACACCGAGAAGCACUUGCAGCUUCUUUCUUCGACCGGGACCACGACGGGUCCCAGCGGAGGUCACCCUUGCCUCGAGGGCCAAGCUUGCGCCCCCACCGAGAACUUUAACUUGCCAUCGCGAGAUUACAGACUUGCCGAUCCCGUUCAGAGGAGUCCCAGCGACGCAAAGAACUCAUUACCCGUUGGUCACCGGUGCAUCGAGAGCCUAGACUUACUGGACAAUGCGGCGACUCAAGAUGUGGACGUGGUCGCGAAGAGUAAGGCUUCCUACUGGUCCACGGAAGAGCCUGGGCGAAGGAGUUCCGCCUUCAUCGGGAUGUACGUCACCAUCAGGCCCAACGGCUCCAGCGGUUACUCGUCGUCGGCCGAGAAGGAGAUAAGGAUCUCAGGUUAUUAUCACAAGGAAGUGCCGACGGAGCUGCAGGUGUCCGGCGGAGAGGAGCGUCCACCGCCUUUGCCGGCGACGGCGCCGCCAAAGAUCGACCCCACCGAUCGGUCCCCCAGGGUCCCGUCUAAGCCCCAACCCCCCAGGAGGAAGUUCUCUCUGAACGGAGACAUCUGGCGGCAGGACGACAAGUCCGAGAAGUCGAUCAAGGACAAGAUCGCUAUGUUCUCGUCCCAGAGUAGCCUGGAGGCGCCGAUCUUCCCCAGCACGGCGGCGGCCUCGGCCGCGGUCGCCAACGGUCGGAGGCUGCCCAAAUAUAGGUCCACCGAGAACAUCUUCACCGAGGACAAGACCUUGCAGAAAGGCGGAACAUCCGCUCCGAUGAAAGGAUCGCAUGCCUCCGUCGGACUGAUCAACGCGCAUAAAUAUAGCAACGUCACUGCGAGACCUGCACCGAUGCCGAAUCCUGGGAACUCUUGCCAGAACGUUCCACACUCGAUGGUCUCCUCGCAACCUGCUGCGAGGUUGCCCGGAACUGGUACGCAAAUGUCCAGGUCGGAGUCAUUUAUUGCCGGUCAGAAGACUGGCUCGUCGGCAAAUAGUUUGGCUCGAAGGACGUCUUUGGACGUCUCGAAUGAACACUCGGAGUUGCUGGAAACAAAGACCUGCGAAUCUGUCCAGAAUCAGUCUAAAGGCACGACAACUGGUCCAAUGGCGAGAGGCAGCGCCGAAGCAAAAGACAAUCCCAGUUUUCCAAGCGUCUCUGCGACAAGUGGGUCCAGCUUGACCCGCGCUACCAGUUUUUCAGUUGGAAGUACCUUCCAAGCCCAGGACCAUCAGCCUGUGCACGAACGACCUACUGGGGCACAGAUAUCCAGGACGAACUCCCUGGCCUCCACAUUUAGGAGGCUCGGCGAGGAGUCGAGGAGAUCGGGCCUGAAUCAGCUGAUCGAGCAGCGGAGAAAGGGGAUUUCGAAACUGCGCGGUCUGGUCAUUCCUGAGAAAGAGACUGUGACGGUCGCCCAGCCCAUCAUCGACCUGCCGGAGAUAAAGUCCAGGAACUCUGCGAUUCCCUCCCAGCUGCCGAUCGUCAGCAUCCAGGAUAAGUGGGGAUCCCAGAGUUCUUUGGCCAGCACCGUCAGCACGACCAGCAACACCUCCAGGAUCACAACGUCCUUCAAGAUUCCUGCACCUCAAAUCUCCUCCCAUUAUUCGCCAGCCUUCAAGAGAAAGAGCUUAACCGUGUACGGUACGUCCUUGAAGACUGCUCCCGGGAUGAAGACCAUCCAGACCACGCCUUCCGUGGUGGUCUCCGAGGCUCCCAAAAGUCUGGAGAGCGUUUGCAGUCCCACGAGGAGUGACUACGGCUUCGACUACGCCUCGUCGACCAGCUCCUUGGAGACCCAUCAGCUGAAACCCAGGACGAUCUUGAAGAAGAACAAGACGGACUACGACGACUCCGACAAUGACUCCGCCGUGAGCAGCUCGCAGAGCAGCAUCUCUCGAGGUUUCAGCCCACCCAUGUCGCCGGUCCUAUCGGAAAGGUCGUCACACUCUUCGGAGCGGUCGGAGAAGUCCUUCGUUUCCACCGAGAUGAACUAUCAGCGACGCAGCUCGGUUCCGGAUAAUUCCACCAGGAGCUUUGUUGCAAGUUUCACCGGCAAAACCUCUAACGAAGGCCCCCAGUUUGGCAACAGGUCGAGCACCUUCUCGGAAAGGUCCCACUCGGGUUCUGAGAGAUCCUCGUCCAAUGCAAGCAGCCCAAAUCCCAGGACCCGAUACACGUUGGAGAGUAACUCGAAGGAUUCUCAGCUGAUGCAGCGUCGGACCUUGAGGCGAUCCAGCAGCACAGAGACCAACUGUAGCACCUCUUCGACUUUGACUUCAGGCUCUCAGACUAGCAUGGACUCUCUGUCCAGACGCGUCCUGAAACCCCAAAGCGUGGAGGCCAUAAACCGGAAGAACAUCAUAGCGAGUGCACGAUGUCGCAGUGGGAGAGACACCAGUGGGUCGCCGUUGAUUCAGAGGAAAUUCUCGGACGACGAGGACGGAUCCAUCUCGGAGUACCUUCAGCGAAACGUUAACCGCAGACAGGACAACGACGACAAUGGAACGGUUAGUAAGAGCGACAUCAAAAUCGCGUACAUUGAGGUGACGGAAAGUCGCCAGGAUUCGGAGGAUCAGUCCGAUGGUACCAGGUCGCCGAUGAAGGGUCCUGCAAUUUCCGUCACUGAAAUGUCGGACGUAGAAACGUCGGAACCCUCCGACACCCUUAAAGCGUGGACCCACACCGAGGUGGUGUCGGUUCUUCAUCGCGGGAACAAAAGCUCCGACUUGGCGAAGAAGACUAUGACUUUGAACGAACCUCUUCCACCAGGGAACACACGAGUGUUUUACAGAAAGUCGUUGCCAACACCGGAUAGGAAAUCGAUGGAAAGAACUAAUUCUAGGGGCAGAACAACGGAUCUGGAUCCGAGUUCUGCAUCGUCCAGACAUUUUUACGCCCCUCCAAAAACGUUAAAUAGCGAUCAGGACGACCUUCUGACCAUCUUAUCCACGAGGACUAGAUUGAGAUCGACGGUUCACGCGAGGGAACCGAAGGAACUCGAAGACACCCUGGGGAGGAAACCUGAAACGAGACUGACUCGAAGUCAGAGCGUCUUGGGUGACGUUGUCACUGAGAAGAGCGGAUCUACAAGAAGGCCCUCUUUCGAGUCUGGAGAUAACGGUCUUCUGCGAAAGACUGGGAAGCCUGGGGAGUCUGGAAGGUCGGUGCCGAAUUCCGGGGUCCUGGUCGAGGAGAAGUCCAGGAUCUGGGAGAACGCUGAUCCCUUCACUCGCGAUAAAUCCAAGAACACCUUGUCCAAGAUACCCACCUUUCGGACCCUGGGUAGGAAGAGCGUCACCGUGUCCGACUUCAAGGAAGUCGAGGAUUCAAAGAAUCCUUCUUCGGGCUCGCUGACUCAUCCUACGACCAGCCACUCGUACAGCUGUCCGCCGAUCCUGGAUAGCAACUUGCAGGAGGCUGACCGGGUGGUCAACUCUAAGGAUGCCGAUGACUACUCGGCAGGUGCCAAGGACACCGACAGCAAUUCCGGCGAACCAUUUGGCAGCAUCAGCUCUCUCGACAGCACUAGUCUCAUAACGCACCAGGAGUUGGUCCAGCUGGUGGAGGAAGUCAACCUGGAGGAGGCAGCAGCUGGAUCCCACGACAUCAUCGUCGUGUUGCUUCACAAGGAGAACCCCAGUGGGAGCGUCGGGAUCGCCCUGGCUGGUGGAAUGGAUUGCGAGACCAAGGAAAUCACCGUCCACCGAGUUCUUAGACACUCCAUAGCCGAUAAGGAUGGAAGGCUGCAAAGAGGCGACAGGAUACUUAGCAUCAACGGGAUAAGCACCAGAGGACUGACUCACAGAGAGAGCUUGGCUGUCCUGAAACAACCGAGAUCGGAAGUUGUCUUGGUGGUCUCCAGGACCAGGCUGGAACCAGGAUCCAGACUCAUCGCUAGCACCGAAAGCGUCGAGAGCGCGGUAGAAGGUUCCGAAGGUAGCGGCGCAGUGGAAGACGUGGCUUGGGGACCUGCCCUGACUGUGACGAUCUGUAAAAAUGGAGCUGGCCUUGGGUUCAGUCUGGAGGGUGGCAAGGACAGUCCCCUCGGCGACAGGCCGCUGAUCAUCAAAAAGAUCUUUACGGGAGGUGUUGCCGAGAAGACGGCCUUGAGGGCCGGCGACCAGCUGUUGGAAGUCAACGGAAGGGAUCUGACGAGGAUGUCGAGGAUAGAGGCGUGGUCCCUCACGAAGAAACUACCCGACGGAGAAGUAAACCUCCUAGUCCGGCACCCUGCCACCAAGUCAUCGUGAAUGGUAGUCAAUUCUAGUAAUAUAUACGUAUCCUCAAGUGCAACGUAGUCUCCUGGAAGAAGGAGAGGGCUGCAGCAGUCCAGAGUGGACUCGAUCCGUUCCCAUCUCAAGACGAAACCGCAAGACGACUGACGCGGUUACACCGGAAUCUCUAAAGUGGUUAUUUGACGAAACCGUAAACGCACGUUUACUCAGUCUGACCGAGAUUACAGUUGAUCUCGCAGUCCCAUCACGAUUUACUGGAAAAUCAUGGAGGUCUUGACUGACCGUGCUCCUCUUCCGAGGAGACGGUCGUAGUCGUGCAAGAGUCGGUUGGGUGUACUUCACCCCAACUUCUCGUUCAUGUAAGACAAUUCGUUAAUAGUGUUGCCUCGAACAGUUGGGGGAACUAUAUUCAACCGGAUUCUUGUCGAAGAGAUCCAAGCAGUAGAACUUGUUAAAAGGAAACUGCAUUAAGUGGAUGAGCGACGACAAGGAAGUCGUCCCAGCGUGUUGGCAGAGUUUAUCGCCGGUCCGGCGAUUAAUUUCCAAUUGGUUGGUCGGUUGGCCAACUGGAUGGGGGUUGAGCAAUUGCAAGUUUUCAUACUCAUUCACCCGAUGAUAUUUAUGCCCGUAGACAGCUGCACAGUUGGAGGGGAGCGGAGGACAUGCGUGUACAGUCGGCGGGGGAGAUGCAGUGCAGUGAUAUAGUUUAAUAUAACGACGUUGUUAAUCUAAGUAGAUAUAUUGGAGCGUUGGAAUUUAACAGUGACCUUUGUUUUCGGUAUCCGCAUUUGUUGAAAGUCCUGCUGUGAUAUGCAAGGGUGAGAACGACGAGAUCUAGGGUAUGGCUAUUCCGCAUUAAACGUCAACUAACCGAGUAGUGGUACAUUGUCAGCUAACCUACACACACAAGCAUAAGUAACCCAUUAAAUAGCCGUUCAUACACUACUUCUAUGCUUUGAACUUGUUUGUUUGGCAACAGUGCUCGUUUGUCCGUAUCUACAGUCAUGUAUAGAAGCGCCUAAGGAUUUCUAAAGAAAAAAAAAAAAAAGAACAAACCGUACUUGUACCCGUACUCCUCGAUACGUCCUGUGAAGCAAUUAUAUAUUUCAUGGA